AUGAAGAGAAGUCAUCUUCUUGGACUGCAGGUGGGCUUGCUGGUGAUUGCGGGGGCUACGACGGCUAUCGGCCAACCCGCAACUACCUCCAAGUCAACAAGAGCGCCUCUGCUCACCACCCUCUUCAAUGCCGCAUCCGACAACGAGAACAAUGCAAUUAUAUCAGACAUUGCGGCUCUACUUCAGCAGCCAAACUCGACGACUGCCCCAUCCUCUGUCGAGUCAGCGUUAUCAGCUCUUCGAAGACAGUUAUCCAAUGGCGCACCCAGUAUCGAGGAUGCCGCCUACGGCAUCACCAAGGCAGGCCUGAUACCACCCGACAUAUUAAACCUGUUAAAUGGAUACGCGGAUAGCGAGCUCAACUCCCUUCAAAACAAAAACCCACCACCCAACGACAACAUAUACCCAACCAAAGCACCCGGGGAUGCGCCAUACUCAUUGAGUGAAGAGACCCUCCGCUCUGCCAUCCACAUCCCCUCAUCAUUCGAAUACGGACAAAACAACAAAACACCCAUAAUCCUAGUUCCAGGAACCGCAAUUCCCGCCGGAACAACUUUCACCUUCAACUUCGGCAAACUAGGAAACACACACGCAGUAGACCCAGUCUGGCUAAACCUCCCAUCAGCCUCUCUCUCCGACGCCCAAGUCAACGCCGAAUUCGUCGCCUACGCAAUAAACUACAUCUCCACCCAAUCCAAAUCCAACCAACCCGUCACAAUCCUCUCCUGGUCCCAGGGUGGCCUAAACACACAAUGGGCACUCAAAUUCUGGCCAUCAACCCGGUCCAAGGUCAAAGAUUUCAUCGCCAUAAGUCCAGACUUCCACGGCACCGUAAUUCGCACCCUCGUCUGUCCAGCCCUGUCCUUACUAGUCUGCACCCCUGCCCUCUGGCAACAAGGGUAUAACACCUCGUUCAUACGUACCCUACGCGCCCACGACGGCGACUCAGCCUACGUCCCCACAACAAUCAUCUACUCGACCUUUGACGAGAUCGUCCAGCCACAAUCCGGCCCGUUUGCGUCGGCUUUGCUCCGAGACGUACGUGGCGUCGGCGUCACGGCUGCGCAUAUUCAGACUGUUUGUGCGGGUCGUGUCGGUGGCGGGUUUUAUACGCAUGAGGGGCUGUUGUAUAAUCCUCUUGCGUGGGCGUUGGCCCUGGACGCCAUUGCGCAUGAUGGGCCCGCAGAUUUGGAUCGGAUCGAUCGCGAUGGUGUUUGUGGGCUGAUGGUGGCGCCGGAAUUGGAUUUGUCGGAUUUAUUGGGGACGGAGGGGUUGUUAGUUAUUGCUGUUAUGGAAUUGGUGCUGUAUAAGCCACAUACGAUUGCGGAGCCGCCUAUUAUGGACUACGCGUCGUCUUGA